AUGAGGGCAGACUUAUCUGGUCUCGACUGGGGCUCACUGUUUACGGGAAAUGCCAACGAUGAUUGGGAGCUGAUCAAGAAUGUCCUUCUGCAGCUCAUCAACAAUCACUGCCCACUGACUAGUGUAAGACUGAACAAACGCCCUGGGUGGCUAAAUAGGAACCUUAAGAAAGAAAUCAACAGGAAGCACAAAUUGUGGAGAAAAUACUGCGUCACUGGGCAAGUUGAAUAUUUCAACACCUACAAGACACAGAGGAACAAACUGAGGAACCUGAUCAUAAAGACGCGGCGGGAAUUCGAGAAGAACUUGCUGCAGAAAGCAACGCAGAAUCCAAAAUUACUCUACAGUUACCUCCGACGAAGUACAAGGAACAGGCAUCAAAUUCCCUUAAUAAGGACUUCUGAUGGCGUUGAGAUUGCUGAUAGUAGAGAUAAAGCUUCGUAUUUUUCACAGUUUUUCCAAUCAGUCUACACCAACGAGGCAAGGUUCCUUCCUCCCUCCACAGAAGAACUGCCGACUCCAAGCGUCAGUGAUAUACUCUUCUCAGAAGGCAUUGUCCGAAGGCAAUUAGAGGCAUUGAACGAAUCGAAGUCGCCAGGACCAGACGAGAUUCCACCCAAGCUUCUCAAGGAGCUUGCCAGUGAGCUUUCUGUGCCUUUGUCGAUGCUCUUUCAAACGUCAUUUGAUACUGGAACACUUCCUAUCGAUUGGGAGCCAGCGCAUAUUACUCCGCUACACAAAGGAGGUAACAGGGCAGCGGCGACAAAUUAGAGGCCCAUAAGCUUGACAUGCAUUCUCUGCAAAGUUAUGGAAAGGAUCAUAAAGAGCGAACUGAUGCAAUUUCUGGAAGUCAACGGCCUGCUAUCGAGAUGCCAACAUGGGUUCCGGAAAGGAAGAUCCUGCACGACAAACUUGAUGUAAUCUCUCCAGAGCUGGACCCAAGCUCUCGAUGACAGGCACGCGGUCCACAUAGCCUUCAUCGACUUCCAGAAGGCGUUCGACACUGUGCCACACCAGAGGCUCUUACAUAAACUUAAAAAAAUAGGGGUCGGUGGCAACUUCCUUAAAUGGAUCGAAAACUUCCUUGUGGGUCGACACCAGGUUGUGUGCAUCGGUCGGGGAAAAUCAGAUCCUGCUGUGGUCGAGAGUGGUGUCCCCCAGGGUUCAGUUCUGGGAACCAUUUUGUUCCUUAUAUACGUGGACGCUGCCGCCAGAGCUUUGGACUGCGAAGUAACAAUGUUUGCCGACGACAUGAAGAUAUGGAGUGUAAUUCGGGGUCCUGCCGACGAAGACAGACUACAGAUGAAUCUGAAUCGGUUGGAGGAGUGGUCAAACCGUUGGCUCCUGCGGUUCAACGUUGCCAAAUGUAGCAUACUUCGCCUAGGCAACACAGCCAUAUCGGCCAGCACAAGAGGCUACUUUCUGGGCGGUGCAGCCCUACAAGAAGUCGAAGCCCAAAAGGACGUCGGUGUUCUGACGACAAGUUCUCUAAAGCCAUCCGCCCAUUGUUCGAGGGUCGCAAAAAACGCAAUGUAUGUAUUGUACGCCAUCAAGCGUGCGUUUAUGGACUUUGACGAAGAUGCUUUCUCAAAGACAUUCGGAACAUUCGUCCGGCCGCAUUUAGAGUACGGCAUACAAGCCUGGAGGCCGUGGGCUGUUGAGGAUCAAAACUGCCUCGAAAGGGUCCAGAGGAGAGCCACGAAGCUCCUUUCCUUAUGCAACCCGCCUAGUAAAUCUGAACCUCUUUCCUUUGAGUUACAGGCAACUUCGCGGGGAUCUCUUGCAAGCCUUCCGCAUUGUAAAGUGGUUGGAUAGCAGCCUAGCCUUCGAAGACUUUUUUGAAUUUGCUACCACGACCAACCUACGAGGUCACCCGUUCAAACUGCGCACCCAGCAAGCAAGGCUGGAUGUGCGGAAGUUCUCAUUCUCUGUUCGAGUGGUCAAACCCUGGAAUGCCCUUCCCGCAGAUGUUGUGAUGUCACCAUCUAUACAAAAUUUUAAAAAGAAUUUGGACAUAUUUAUGUUGCGAAAUGACGAAGAGCGAUGA